AUGUGGUGUGAUUCACUAGUUUGUAAUUUACUGACAACCUUAUAUUAUUACGUAUUACAUGCUUAUGGGGAACAAACUGAAGUCAUUCGAAUGUGCCGGGUACGCUGCUGGUUUUUGUUCUCUGUCAAUUCAUCUCUAGUAAUGACUACUGACUUUGCAAAAUGCAGUCCUAACAAUGUCGAUUCAUCGAACGACCUUCCUCCGGAAAUUGAUAACGAAAUUUUAGAAGCAGAUCUUGAGGAAAAACAACGCCUAAUAAGUCAGAUUUUGGAGCUACAACAUACACUUGAAGAUUUAUCCACACGGGUAGAUGCUGUAAAAGAAGAAAAUUUAAAAUUACGUUCUGAAAAUCAAAUCCUUGGCCAAUAUAUCGAAAAUAUGAUGGCAAAUUCAUCAGUUUUUCAAUCAACAUCACCACGUGUUGAUGAAAAUAGGUCACGUACAAAUAAAAGAGUUGGGAGAUGAUUAUAAGAAAAUGUGAUAUAUAUUACAUACAAUAAAGUUGGCUAGAAAUGCUGAAGGUAAAGAUGGGGAUAAUUAAAUUCUUAAUACUUCAUUUGCCCUAAUUUUUUUGGGACCUGAUAGUUCUGCGAAUUUCAGAGUUUUGAGAUCACGACAGUGAUAAUAAUAUUUGCAAUGUUGGAUUUCAGCUAUUUUCUCAUCUUCGAAUGUUUCUCUUCGUAACUUUUUAAGCUGAUAAUCUUUGUUGUCUUUCUACUGCGCUUACACUAAACAAAGCACUUGUAAUAAAAUCAACGAUAAUAUUAGUCAUGUUAACAUGAAG